UAGCGUGAAUAAUUCUUAUUGUAUUUUAGUGCUUUUGUGAUACAUAUUUGUUAGUACUUUUCAGUACUCAGUGAGAAAAAAAUGCCCAAUAUGUGUUGUGUUCCGGGGUGUAGGGGAAAUUAUCGAAACGGGCCGAAAGUGCACGUUUUUAAGUUCCCAACGGAUACGUGUUUACUUAAAAAGUGGAUUUCCGCCAUUCCUAGGCAAAAUUUUGAACCAUCCGUUUUCAGCAGAGUUUGUGAGAAACAUUUUGGAGACGAUAAUUUCAUCAAAUCCACUUCAGCCAAGGAUUCUAGAACUGGCCAUACAGUAACAGUACCUCUGAAAAUCCCUAGGUUAAGAAGAGAUGCUGUUCCUACUCUGUUUCCAAACUGUCCUAAGUAUUUAUCGAAAGAUAUCAAGUUAUAAUGUGAAACAAUCGAGAAAUCUGCACCGAUCACACAAGCUCCGUUGAGUGAGAUGCACUCCUGAUGCUUACGUCACGCGGAAGCCCUGAGGCCUU